GCCCGUAUGUACGAAGUCGCAUCAGUGAAUCAGCGUCCACCGGCAUCGGAUUCUUGCAGCUCAAGAGUAGAGGUGCACGAGUAUGCGUAUGCAGCAAUCAUUGACGAGGCAAAGAUUGCCAGGACGGCCGCAGCAGCAGCAGCAGCAGCAGCAGCAGCAGCAGCAGCAGCCUCCAGACGCCCAACAAUCUCAACAGUCUCGAAACAAUCAGAUGGCUGGAGAUGUUCUAACAGUUAUUGCUGUUGACGUAGCAAAGGGACUCACUGCCUCUUUUGUCAGUGUACUUAUAGUCCAACUAACAACUUACCAUCCAAGCUUCACUCCAUAUAGUCUAGCACUAUUCUCAUCGGGACUUGCUGUACUGCUGCCGCUUGUUUUUUGUGAUACAAGUUUUGAGAGACAACGAUUUUAUUAUGUUGUUGGAGUAUGUUACUUGGCAAUUUUGGUUUAUGUGUAUAUUAACAGAGCUCCUCCAUGGGGAACUUGCUGGGAUUCUGUUCGAAAGAGUGCAUUUGAGCUGUGUAAGGAGAUUGACUUUGAACACAGCGCGACACUUGAUGGAAUGGUUUCUAAUAACCUUAUUGACUCGCCGAGUGCAGAGACAAUAAGUAAAAAUAUGCUAAAUUGGACAAGUCAUGAUAGUUACUGGUUGUUGACGAAAGUUCUGCCGUGGAGUUAUGAUUCAGGAUUCUUUAAAUUUUGUUGUUUGCUACAUGCAAAGGGCAAUUUGCCUAAAGUUGGAAGAAAACUUUGUAAGGAAUGCAAUGGAUUUAGUUUUCAAACAUGCAAAUUCAAUGAGUCAGUACAGUUUGUUUUUGACUCAUCUUGCCAAUCAUUGGCAGACAAAAUAAAUGGUGGUGAUCUAGACUUUUUCUUCAUUGUGCCUCUUGUUCUGAAAUAUGUGGAUAAACCAGAAAGAAUGAAGUCUCAAAUGGUAUAUAAUGCCUCAAUUGUUUGCAUGACUGAUCGUAUUGUUGCAAGUAUGCUUGUAAGCAUGGAAGAAGAUUGCAUUAACAAAAGUGCUUUUUGUGAGAACAUGGCUUCUUAUCUAAAGGUUGAUUCUACUGAAGUAAAGAUACAGUAUACUAAGAAACACAGUACUUGGAUGUUGCUACAUCUAUCCAGUAGAGCUGGAUUGCGACUAUUGCAAACGUUCAGUGCAAGAGAGUUUAGAGAUCGAUUUGGUCAAACGAUAGCAAAAGCCCUGAAAGCAGACUCUGCAAAAAAUGUUUCUAUUCAGGUGAAGAUAAGUGAUUUGCCAUCUUCUACAAUAUUUGUUAUUCCUACUGGAGAGUUUUCAGUCAAAUGGGAUGAAGAUGUUUAUGUUUUUACUGAUGAUAGUCUUGGAAUGUGGAUUAUAGGAAUUGUUUGCUUGGCGUUCAUUGUACUGAUAGUGAUGUACCUGCUGUUGACAUCAGGCAGGUCUGUUGGUCCUUUAGUGACCUGCCCUUCUGAUUUUGGAACAUCUGAUCUACACAGGACACCAAGCUGUGCUCACAGCACAGAGAGUUCAUCAGGAAUGUUCAAGACAAACAAGGCGACUUUGUCUUCAUCGUUAACAGUGGAAUUACAAUUAAGGAAGACUGACAAUUGUAUCAGUGACUUGUUUGAUGUUGUUGAUGAUGUGACUGAUGAUCUGCAAAUGUGUGAGAAACAGGUCAGUGGUAUACAAAAGCAACUCCAGCACACAAAGAAGUUGAACGAGGUAGAUAAGACAAUAUUGGGCAAACUUGAGGAGGGCAAAAUUGAGAUUGCACUACAGCUGAAUCAAGAUGAUUGUUCAGUUGGUGCUUGUUAUGCAAGAAUGAAACUGCAAGAACAUAACGUUGCAAGAGAUGUAAUUGAUAUGUGUGAUGCAAUUGAAGGCUAUCAAAAGAGUAUACACUCGCAUGUAGAACAAAUGUCACAAGUGUCAGAGCUAAUGAGAUCCAGUCAAACAUUAGUAGAAGGAAUGCAAACUAGGAUAGCUACUCUCAAGCUUCUUCGGAAAGAAGAGGCAUACAAAGCUGAUCACAACAAAUCACUUCAAAACAAACUUGAUGAAUUGUGUGAAGCGGUGAGGAAGGGUGAUAUACAGUCAGUAAAGUGGCGUCUUUUGGAGAUGGAAGUUGAUAUCAAUGGAUGUGAUAAGGAUGGGAACACUCUUCUGAUACAAGCGUGUGAGAAUAAUCAGAAGGAAAUUGUUGAGUUUCUACUCACUAAAUCAGCAGGUGUUAAUGGGACUGGCAUGUUGGGAUUUACAGCUUUGAUUGUAUCUGCAAGCAUUGGAUCAGAAGACAUCACUGAUCUACUACUGAAUGUCAAAGAUAUUAAUGUGAUGAAGGGAGAUAUUUUGGGAAGGACAGCCAUCCAUUGGGCUGCAGUGAGUAAUCACGUGACCAUUGUAGAGAGACUUUUGUCUUGUUCUGUUUGUGUUGAUAUCAAUGAUAAUUUUGGUUGUACACCACUGUGGUAUGCUGCCCGUCAUGGUCGUGUGUGUUGUGUUGAUUUUCUCCUAAAACAUGGAGCGAGUCCCCAACAUGAGAGUGAGUGGGGAUCACCACUGGAGAUUGCCAAGCAACUUGGUCACAGUGAUGUAGUUGAGAUGAUGAAAGAAGCCAUAAGAUUGACAUCUCAUCCUUAUGUGUCUGCUGUAAGACAGCAAUAUGAACAGAAAGCUACAAAACUGGAGAGUGAAGGUCAACGGAAAGAGGAGGAAAUUUCUUAUCUCAGAAUGGCAAAAGCCGAUACAGCUACAAAACUGGAGAGUGAAGGUCAACGGAAAGAGGAGGAAAUUUCUUAUCUCAGAAUGGCAAGAGCCAAUAUAGUGGCUGCAGAUCAUGAUGAAACUUGGUUGUUGUCACAGCCACCAGUGACAUCUCAUCUUCAUGUGUCUGCUGUAAGACAGCAAUAUGAACAGAAAGUAAUGGCUACAAAACUGGAGAGUGAAGGUCAACGGAAAGAGGAGGAAAUUUCUUAUCUCAGAAUGGCAAGAGCCGAUACAGUUGGUGCAGAUCAUGAUGAAAGUUGGUUGUUGUCACAGUCACCAGGAGACGUCAUACAUGCUGUCAUUGCUUUGGCUUGUGAUCAGUGGAGUGAUGUUGGACUUGAGUUAGGAUAUCGAAUGCCUGAAAUCAACUCAAUCACUUCAUCCAUUCCUGUACCUGGUAGCAAAUUACGUGCCAUACUGCUAACAAAAGCACUUGCUGUUCGCACAUGCGAUUUCAUUCGUAUGAUGUUGUCUGCUUGUCAGCGUAUUUCCAUGCCAAUUUGUGCUGCUGCAAUAAGAGAUGAGGUGGUUAAACGUCACGAGAGACUGAGAGCACAGAACGGUGGACAAUAGAAUAAUUGAAUUUGUCACUUUGUUGUCUGCAUGACUAAUCAUAUGGUUUAUGCUUUAUUGUUGAGUGAUGUGUUAGUAAGAAUAUCUUUCUUGUUUGUAAUGAUUCAAGCAUUUAUCUAUUUGUGUUUUAGGGUUUUUAUUAAAAUUACAGCUUGAACACACUAAACAUUAUGUGCAGUGUAAUAUUUAUGCCAAAUUUUAAAUGUUAAUAUUAGGG